AUGCGAUUUCGUGGAAAAUGGAUCAUUCCGGAUAGGACUACGGUUCGACGGUUAUGGGAUGCGAAGGGCGCGUUGGGGAUUUGGGGAGCCCUAUGCCACUGGCAUAAGAAGAUGAUGGGUAGGAGUGCGGACGGAGGUUGCGGCACUGAGGAGAGGCCUUGCCGCCCAAUUUCUAGUGUUUCCGGUCGGAGUCCGGCGCGGAAACCUGAGAAUGCGUUGAAGCGAUUGUCAUUUGAUGAUGUCGGUGUCGAUUUCUUUUCUCAGGCGGGUAAAGUUCUUUCUGAACGUUCCCAUUUUGAUAUACCUGAAGGUGGCUCCGUUUCCGAGUUGAGUGUGCCUACGCUGCCUAGUGGAUUGGCAAGUUUGUUAAAGCAGGCUGAUAGUAGGAAGAAGCAUAAGAAGUCGCAUUCUGGAGCGGACAAGAAGUCUUCGAAACAAAAGGAAAAGAAGCAAGGUGGAAGCAUUUGGGUUGAAACAAAAGAGUAUUUUAGGGACUUGGCAUUACAGGAUAUUGACGCUUUGUUUAAGAUUACACCGUCUAGCUCUUUAGCUGCUAGGAAGAAGUGUUUUAUUAUACCGUAUGUUGGCGAUGAGCCGAGGGUGAAUUUGAAUUUGGAUGCCGACGUGCGCGAGAAGGCAAGCGUGAGUUGUGGAGAGCAUUUAAAUGUUAGGAAUGAAAAUGGCGGUGUUGGAAUAGAAGAGGAGAAGAUGGUGGUCGAGGAGGAGGCUGAGCAGUUAAUGGAAAUUGAUAUUGUGGAAACGCAAGCUGAGUUUUCAGAUAAGGAAGAAAGAGGAUGUUCUGUUUCAGAUUCAUCUAGUGGCUUAGGGUGGCUUUUAGGGUCUAGGAGUAGGAGAUUGACAUCAGAGCGGCCUUCUAAGAAGAGGAAGCUCCUUGGAGAUGAUGACGGGCUGAAGAAGGUAUUAGUCGCGUGUCAAUGUGAUGGGAAUUCAUCUUUAUGUCAUUUUUGUUGCACUGAUGAUACCAGAAAAGAAUCGAACAGAUUGGUUGUUUGCUGUUCUUGUAAGGUUGCUGUUCAUCAAAAGUGUUAUGGUGUCCAAAAUGACGUUGAUAGUUCUUGGUUAUGUUCUUGGUGUAAACAGAAAAAUGAUAGCAAUGAUGCCGGGAAACCCUGUGCACUUUGUCCAAAGCUGGGCGGUGCUUUAAAGCCCAUCCAAAAGAGUGAUGAAAAUAGUGGGUCUGUGGAAUUUGCUCACAUGUUUUGUUCGAUCUGGAUGCCUGAGGUUUAUGUAGAAGACUUGACAAAGAUGGAACCAAUUAUUAAUGUGGGAGAAGUAAAGGGAACUAGAAAGAAAUUAGUCUGUAAUGUGUGCAGGGUGAAGUAUGGUGCUUGUGUCCCAUGCAGUCAUGGCACUUGCAGAAACUCAUUCCAUCCUCUAUGUGCAAGAGAAGCUGGGCAUAGAAUGGAAGUUUGGGCAAGAUACGGGUGUGAUAAUAUCGAGAUGCGGGCAUUUUGUUCUAAGCAUUCAGAAAUCCGGAAUAACAGCAGUUCCCCACAGCUUGGAGAACUUUGUGCAGCUGCUAAUGACUUUUCUAUAGCCAACCAGUUCUCUCCAACAUCUAUGGAAAAAUCUCAAAAUUUAAAAAUUGGCCAUAAAGAUGAAGACAAAAUUACAGUGGACAUACGUGAUCCAGAUGACAACUCUGAUAAAUCUGGUGAUGGUGAAUUGCAAGAGAUAGGCUUCUUUGAUACCAGAUUAGAUGCCCGAGUUUUGUCAGAAUACGGUGACUUGCAGCAACUUGUUGAUAUGGGGCUGCUGGAGAGGAGCAAUAUAAAUGAUCAUGACCCAUCUGACCCCCAUAAUUUUGCACUGGUUUUGAAGAAGCUGAUUGCCCGAGGAAAAGUCAAUGUAAAAGAUUUAGCAUUGGAGAUUGGACUGUCGGAUGACUCUUUGAGUGCUUCAUUAGAUGGUGAUAGCUUGACACCCGACUUGCAAGGCAAAUUAAUUAAAUGGCUCAAAUAUCAUGCUUAUAUGGGCUCUUCCCCCAAAAAGUUAAAAGUUAAGAUAAAGCCUUUGAUGUCAUCCAAGGAUGAGACUGGAGCAACUGAUGGUUAUGACGAUAUAAUGGACUUUAUGUCUGAUAUACCAAAUCCUGUUGCUGUUAAGUCUGUGCCUCCUCGGAGAAGAACCAAGAGCAAUGCGAGGAUUUUGAGGGACAAUGAAGUAAUAUGCUCAUCAGAUGAAAUUAUUAAUGACAAUGGUUUAGUGAUGGAUAAAGUUAUGGUUGAUAGACUCGCCAAGGAAGAAAUAUAUGAUUUAAGUGAAGCAUCCAUUCUCGAUGCCAUUGGAAAGAAUUCAGCCAAGCCUGAUGAUUCCCUGGACUCCUCAGACAGGCAUUUGCCUGCAUCUGAAGGAAAUUCACCUGAUCUCUUAAAUGAUGGCUUCUAUGAAAGGAGUCGAUCAGAGAUGCCAGCAACUCCUGAGAAGAUUACAGUAGCAACUUCAGAACAAGAAAGUUCCAUUUUCCCAAUUGUGAAUCUCAUAAGUGAAGAGUUUUCUAAUUUUUAUAUCCACCCCUAUAUACGCAAGAAAUUUCUUCAGAUGCACGAUAAAUUUAUUUGUAACAACAGGGUAGGCAAGUUUGAAGACGGAAUGAACACAUUAAAUGAGUUGGAUGGUAAAAGGGUGAGAGAUCGCUCUUGCUUGGUGGCAGCUUCUACCGACAGUGUUUAUUCUAGUCAUGGAAGUGAACAUACCAAGUGCAAUGAGAAGAGUAGUACACCUGAUGAUUUAGAUUUUUCUAUUAAGGCUAGGAAAUUGAGAUCUCUCAAAUUGUCUCCAAAGGAUGAAGUGGAAGGGGAAAUUAUAUAUUAUCAGGAUAGAUUAAUGCGCAACAUAAUUACUAGAAAUUGUGUUACAGAUAAUCUGGUUUCUAGAGUUGCUAAAAGUCUACCGGUUGAGGUUGAAGCUGCAAGGGAACAAAGAUGGGAUGCUGUGCUUGCUAAUCAAUAUCUUUAUGAUCUAAGAGAAGCAAAGAAGCAGGGCCGUAAAGAGAGAAGGCAUAAGGAGGCACAAGCUGUAUUGGCUGCUGCAACUGCUGCUGCAGCUGCUUCUUCCAGAAAUUCACUAUCAAGGAAAGAUGGUGAAGAUUCUAGUCAGCAAGAGAAUAUAUUGAAGCUGAAUGCUUGUGUUGGGAGAGCUGGCAUUAGCUUGCUGCAAAGAUCAAAAGAUGCUUGGGAUGCUGUUCCACGAAUUUCAUCUGAGAAGUACUCUGAUAUCGUUCAGUCGGUGUCAGAUUUUUCUAAAGAACAUCCUAGGUCAUGUGACAUCUGCAGACGGUCUGAGACAGUACUAAAUCCUAUUUUAGUCUGUUCUGGAUGCAAGGUUGCUGUUCACUUGGAUUGCUAUCGCAGUGUUAAGGAACCUUUGGGUCCUUGGUGUUGUGAAUUAUGUGAAGAAUUGUUCUCAUCAAGAUCCUUCGAAGCUACAUCUCUAAAUUUUUGGGAGAUAUCUUAUCCUGCUGUUCAUUGUGGUUUAUGUGGUGGUACUACCGGUGCUUUUAGGAAAUCUGUGGAUGGCCAGUGGCUACAUGCUUUCUGUGCUGAGUGGGUUCUUGAGUCAACAUUCAGAAGGGGACAAGUAAAUCCUGUAGAAGGAAUGGAGAAGGCUUCAAGGGGGGUUGACAUUUGUUGUAUAUGCCAUCGAAAGCAUGGUGCAUGCAUAAAGUGUAGUUAUAAUCACUGUCAGACCACUUUUCAUCCCUCCUGUGCUAGAACCGCAGGCUUCUGUAUGAAUGUUAUGCUUGCUGGUGGCAAAUUCCAGCGCAAUGCUUUUUGUGAAAAGCACAGUGUGGAACAGAGAGCAAAGGCUGAAACUCAGAAGCAUGGAGUUGAAGAGUUGAAAAACGUGAAGCAAAUUCGGGUUAAACUGGAGAGGUUACGCCUUCUUUGUGAUAGAAUCAUCAAACGUGAAAAAUUGAAGCGGGAGUUGGUUGUUUGCUCGCAUGAAAUACUUGCACGCAAAAGAGAUCAUGUUACUCGUUCACUGCUUUUUCAUAGUCCUUUUCAUCCAGAUGUUAGCUCAGAAUCUGCAACAACUUCCCUCAAAGGUCACACAGAUGGUUACAGAUCAUGCAGUGAAUCGAUGAGAUCAGAUGAUAUAACUGUAGACAGUACUCUUUCAGUUAAACACCAAAUAAAGAUUCCUGUGUCCGUGGAAAAUGAUCAAAGGACUGAUGAUAGUUCCACAUCACAGAGCCUUUUUGUCCCAAAGCCAAUGGAUAGGGUUCGAUUCUCUGGGAAGCAGAUCCCUCAUAGAUAUUCGCUUGCAUCUCGUGACAGUUUAGAUAAUGCUGAAAGGAACUUAAAACUAAGGAAGCCAAUUGAAACAUUUGAAAAGGAGUUGGUAAUGACAUCAGAUGAAGCAUCGAUGAAGAAUUCACGGUUACCAAAAGGAUAUUGUUACGUACCCGUUGAUUGUCUUCCUAAGGAGAAGCAGCACGCACAGGAUGCUUGUUCUGAUGGACAAUUGGAGCACAAUGGAUAAGGCUGAGUCAAUACCUGGAUGUUUCGAUUGCCUAUGAUGAGUGAUGACCAUCUAUGCCACUUUAUAACUGCAUUCCACGCAGGUGACUUGCUUAUCAGAUUAUGAAGGCGGUAACUAAGGCGGCAAAAUCAGUGCUGAGAUGUUGAGUGGGGGAGCUGCAUUGUGUGGUUGGUGAUGGGGGUGGAUACGAGGAGUUCUGGCUUCAGUUUUGUAUAUUCACAAACAGUUAUAAUCGUACAGUGGAUGAGCGUUCAUUCCAUCAUAUCAUGUUUUGGCAAGUCUUCAAGGUCAGGGUCUUAGGGAUUGAGGAUCGCAGAUUGGUGAUUUGUUUAUUGUACCUCUUUUUAAUACGGCGAAGGUACGUAUUGCCCACAAUGCGUGCUGUGUAUAGGUAUUCAGAUAUGUAUUUAAUGUCAACCUGCAAAGAAAAUGGUGCCCAACUUGAGAUCCAUACAGGGAUAUGCCGAUUCUUUCCUUUGGUUUAUGAUUAUUUUCAUCUGCUCUUGGUUUGUCGUCUUUAGCUGAUCAGUGUUAAGGUAAAAUCUAAUAAAACCAAAAUUUACAAGUACAAAAUUUAUAUAUAUAUAUUUUUUCAGAACCAGAGGUGGAAUUGUGCUGUUCCUUUAGAGUUGAUAUGAAAUUGUUUAUGUUAACUAAUGAUAAAUGGUAAUUUGUGUAUUCUUGUUUAUGUUAGGGUUUUUUGUUAUUAUCGUAGUUAAAGACUAAUGAUAUUAUAUGUACAAAUAAUGGACAUGUUAUAAUUAUUUUA